AUGACACAUAACCACUCGAAAGAACCAUCUUCUUGUACUGCUAGUGGCAAAAACCAGCUACAUUCGUCGGCUGCUGCUCCUAGACAAAGUGAAGCUUUCAAGCGUCUGGGACAGGCAAGUUUGGUUUCGUCGUCCAUUUUCAAAUCCGCACCUUCCACUCCCAAUCAGCCAUCCCGUCCAGCACUCAAUCAUCAGCCAUCUACCGUUGCACAGACCGCCGCACAUUCUACCCCGGGCUCUCGCAUCUCCUUCACCCAACACCGUGCCCCAGGUACUCAGAGUCAAAUGGCAGCUGCUUUGCAAGGCCUUGGAAUUGCCUCCCAACUUUUGUCAGCUGUAGAUACCCAUCGUCCCCCAACUGCCACUUGCCCCUUACCAACUCCUACCCCCUCGACUCCCCUCCAAGGCCCUCACAAGCCUGGCACCAAGCGCAAAAGCGAUGAGAACCUUCCCAUCCCUCCUUGA